AUGGUGAAAGUUGCAGUGGAGGAGCGUCUGAAAGUUAUGGGGAUAGGAAAAAAUCUCCAAAACAAAGAAAACCUUUCAAACGUCGCCGCCGACCAACAACCUGAACCGUUGUCAUCACCGCAGCCUAAUACCCAGCAGAAGUCUGUCUGUAGUCCACUGUUAGCUGAAACCCCUGGAAAGGAUAUGGGACCUAGGAACAAUUUGUCCAACGAGCUUGAUAAGGAGAGAGGGAUGAAAAAAACUUUGGCUAAGGAGUUUGGAACACAUGCUGAAGAUGAGGGUGCUAAUGUUCUUGAUUUCCUAUAUGUUUCUCCUGCAAAGGCAACUAAGGCUGAAGACUUACGUCGCCGCUCCACGCGCAACCGUACUAUAAAGGAUGAGGAUGCAGAAGAUAAGAAAAAAGCUGUGCAAGCAGAGGCUGUGUUGAAGAAGAAGGAGAAAGCUGCCGCUAAGAGAAAAUCGGCUGCCUCAAUGAAGCAAAAACAGCAUGAGUUAAAGAAACCAAAACAGGCUGAGUUAAAGAAUCAAGAACAGGCUGAGUUAAUGAAUGAAGAACUGGCUGAGUUAAAGAAUCAAGAAGCCGAUAAUAUAACUACACCGCGUGCCAAUGUAAAAAGAUGCAAGGUUGAAGAUUCUGUAGAGGACACUGAAUUUGCUGUAAUGACCGACGAAGUUCUUGCGGAGGAGAAUGAAAUCUUGCCGGAGUCGCCUAUGGCGAGUCAUGAAUUGAUUAGAUCUGCUAUAGUAAAGGAAUAUCGGGAGAAAAUGGUUAAAUUAUCUCCACAAGGGUUUGCAUUGUCUGAAGGUUCUUCAAGACCAGUUUUUCCGUACAUUGGACACAAUGGAACGACGUGCAUGAGGAAUAAUGUUGAGCCUUCAUCAGUAAUAUAUGACCCUCUAGCACCUGUUGAUCCGAUUGUAUUGGAUAAACUUAUGCAACACAUCUCGAGAAUUCCACCCAAACCACCAGCACCAACAAAGAAAAGAGUUGUAAGAUCCGCCGCUCGUGAGGGUGACUUCUACAGCAUACUCAUCCUUGAAAGACCGUGGCCGCAUAGCCAAUAUGGAUGGUUGUUUGAUGAUCAUAUCUCUGCGUAUAUUAACGUCCUCAUUAAGAGGUCCAUGCGAGAUCCCACCCCAUUCUGGACCAAGCGAAUUGCCUUCAUUGAUCCUUGGUUCUUAAAGAAGUGGGUUGACGAUUACAAGCAGUUCAAGAUAAAACCUAAUAUGAUGAAGUUCACGGGGAAUGGUUAUGAAAAUCUUGUACACGGUAAGCUUCCCUGUAACUUUCAAACAAACUUGAAGUGGUAUGAACACGUGGAUCACUUGUACGGAUGUCUUCCAACCGGCGGUAAUCACUGGGUGGCUUUUCACGUGGAUCUGAAGAAGGUUAAGGUUGAUUGCUAUGAUUCAAUCAUUGGAGAGGUAACAGCCAAAAGUGCUUCGAAAAUGCUUGAAGAGUUUAAACCGAUAACGCUUAUGCUUCCCGAUAUUUUGAAUCAAAACAUUCCUGCCAAUCUCCGAACCCCGAGUAGGAAGAAGUUCGCAUUCAGGAGGAUGAGCAAAAGGUACACUCCACAAAACACCCAGAUUGGUGAUUGUGGGGUGUAUGCGUUGAAGUUUGUGGAGUGUCUAGCGCUUGGUGUAAGUUUUGCUGGGAUAAACGAUAAAAAUAUUCAAGGUUUACGGUUGAAGAUGGCGGCAGAGAUCCUCGACGAAGGAGGAAACAGGGCGUAG